AUGGAGAGACCCAAAUUUCACGUCGGCAUUAUUGGGGCUGGAUUAGGUGGUCUUGCGGCUGCCAUUGGAAUAGCGAGAGCUGGCCAUAAAGUGACCAUUCUUGAACAAGCCCCGGAGCUUGGCGAGGUCGGAGCAGGAAUCCAAAUUCCUCCUAACAGUACUCGAAUCCUCUCGAGAUGGGGUUUGCUUCCCGCUCUAGAGGAGGUAUCGGUUCGACCUAACAACUUCAUCCUUCGUUCCUACCGAGACGGCAAGAUCCUCUCGACUCAGCCCCUGAUCCCACACUGCGAGUCCGUCUACGGUUAUCCUUACCUCCAUAUCCACCGUGCUGAUUACCACAAGAUUCUUGUCGACCAAGCCGUUCGUCUCGGUGUCGUCAUUCAACUCAACAGUUUCGUCACUGGCAUUGAUUUCGAACAACCGGCCGUGUACAUCAAAAACCGAUCGAAACCAUUCCUGGCGGACCUCAUUAUCGGGGCCGAUGGACUGAAAAGUAUCUGCCGUGAGGCUCUCCUUGGGCGUCCUGAUCCUCCUCAUCUGACGGGUGACCUGGCAUACCGCAUCGUUGUUCCAGCGGACAAAAUGAAAUCUCACCCAUUGCUGGUCAAUCUAGUUUCAGUUCCCAACAUCAACUACUGGAUGGGCCCGGAUUCGCAUGUUGUCUCUUACCUACUCAAAGGCGGUAACCUGUACAACAUCGUGAUCGCUUGUCCGGACAACCUACCGGAACUUGUCAAUCAGCAGAAAGCCGACUUGGAUGAAAUGCACGCACUGUUUACGAAUUGGGAUCCGCAGCUGCGGGCCCUGCUUGGGCUCUGCAACGACACUUCCAAAUGGCGUCUUCAGAACUCUCGCGAGAUGAACUCCUGGUCCCAUUCAUCGGGCCGGUUUACACUGCUCGGCGAUGCAUGCCACGCUACCCUACCGUAUCUGGCGCAAGGGGCUGCGCAGGCCGUCGAAGAUGGUGCCGUCCUAGGUCAUCUCUUCGAGAAAAUCCGACACCCCCACCAACUUCCCGAUCUGCUCGCCAUUUACGAGGCUGUUCGCAAACCCCGCACCACCCGUGUCGUUCAGGGCAGUUCGCAUCUGGGAAGAAAUAUCUUCCACCUCCACGAUGGACCGAGACAGAUGGAGCGCGAUAGACAAUUGGUCGCGUGGCAAGAUGAGCCGUUUGAGGGCUAUCAGAAUCGGUGGCGCGAUCCAGUGUUUCAACAGUUCUUAUUCGGGUAUGAUUGUCGCGAGGUCGUGGAUGAAGCCUGGGAUGUUUAUUUGCAAGGGCAGUUCCCGGGGACGGUGGGACGGUUUGGUGCGGAAAUGGAGGUGGAAGGUGAAAACAAGGAAGACGUUCGGCUUGUAGGAGACCGUGGUGCGAGUCCGAGUACCGGAGCGAGAGAGGCUAGGUUGUAA